AAUUGAAUUUUUAAAUAAAUUAACAAAAUGAAAUUGAUUCGUGUUUGUAUAUUUAAAUAAGAUAUUAUUACUGCAAAUUACUGAUGAAUUAUUGCCACCACAGUGAGAUAUUUCAAUCCUAAAUAAACCUAAAAUAAAUCUAACCCCUCACUGUUUCAGUGAAGAUUUAGCAAACAUCCGAAAACAAAAUCAAAAGCGAUUUUUUUUGUUCAUUUGGACAAAAAUUAUGAAGAUUUUCUUAUAAAUAUGAGUUUUAACGAAUUAUUUGCCAUACUGAUGUAUUUCUGAAGUUUUUAGAUUUCAUUAGAGACUCAGAUCAGUGACGUAGUGGAGUUACUGUUACACUGUACAGGAUAUGUCCUAUUUUAAUUUCAUUAGAUCGGCUAUAAACACUCGUUCCUCUUCAGCUUCACUUUAUUCGCUCGCUUCAAGUCAUUGAGACAAAAAACAUGAAUUUACAGCUUUACCUCAAAGCUCUGACACUGGAGACUCCUUACACACGUUACUGUAUACAAACAUCUCCUUAUUUUAAGAAAACCGAAAUGUUAGAACAUCUGUUGAAUGAGCUGUUGCUAUAGAAACGACAUGAACGCAAACGUGCAUUACGGUCAGAGAGAAUGAAUCAACACCUUCUGACCAAUCAGAGUCCAGAACUCAUCAGCACUGUGGUGUACAAAUGAAAUAAAGCACAAGCAUGUUUCUAAAAUAAAUAAUAAAACAGAUCAAUAACAUUUCUGGUGUAAUGUAAUAUUUUAAUGUUCGGUCUCUGGAGAUUGUGUGUCAUGUCGUGUUGUGUUUGUGAAGGAGCAGGUUUCAGGUGUUCAUCAUGAGGUCAUGGAGUUGUGUGGCUUUUAAAUCCUGUUACAAAAAAGAGCAAAAACCUCAAAAUUCAAUUACAGAGUUUUUGCUCAUCAUCUAUUUAUGUGGCUCUGGAUUAAAGUGCUCUGGUUUAGAGAUGUGAACAAAAGCUCAGAACGUGUUUACCACAAGAGUUUCACAAGCAAACAAACACCUGGAUUUGAGAGCAGGAAGUAAUUAAGGUAGAAUUUCUCAGGACUAAUAUAAAGCUGGUGUCCAAGCUGAGGAGAGAACAGACACGCUCUGAGAUCGUGAAGAUCGGCUCUGGUGAGGUGAGUAUAUACAAGAGCUCAUUUUCUUUCAUUUGUUCUUUGAUAUUUUAAAUAAAAAAGUUAAAACAAAACUGGACCUCGAGCUGAGCCUUGAGGAACACCUUCAAAAAUGAACUCUGUUCAUCUCUUUUAUGUUUUAUACUUUUGUAAGGUAUUUUUACAGUCUUUCUCAGUCUACAACCAUGAAGCUCUUUGUUUUUGUCACCUUCCUGGCCUCAGCUGCCUGCGUGAUUUCAGCCAAGAAACUGCUGGUGGUCGGAGGUCUGAAUGGAGGUGUUGUUGGUCUGAACCCCGGUCUUGUCGGAGUGAACCCCGGAGUCGUCGGUCUCAAUGGAGGACUGUUGAACCCCGGGCUGGUGGUUGGAGGCAUGAAUCCGGCUCUGCUUGGAGGAGGUGGACCUUUCCUCGCUCAGCCAGCUGUUGCUCCAAUGUUUCCUGGAAUCCCUCCCUACAUGCUCCAGCCUCCGUUCGGAAUUCCCAACGCUCCGGCUCAGCUCCCUCAGCAGUUCCCCUUCCAGCCGAACGGGGGAUUGCCCUUCCUGCCCCCUGUCAAUCGUCAGGUUGUACCUCCUCAACAGCAGGCAGCGGGGCAGAUAAACCCUGGGGCAAAUAGACAGCAGCCUCAGGGUGACAUGCCGGCUGGAACAGUGCCACGAUUCAGGCGUGCUCUCUCUCAGCGCUGGAGAAUUCAGAAUGAUCAGCUUGCUCAGGUUUGACCAGGAGCAGCUUCUAAUUGAACUUUUUUAGAAACGAUCAUUAGAUGACAAAAUGUAGAAAUUGUAGAAAUAUUAUACUGAUUGUUAGAAUUAGAUAAUUAGAAAAUAGAAAAGAAAAAA